CCGGCGGAGGCCACGUGACUCGCCAAAGAUGGCGGCGCCCAGUGAGGUGGCGUGAAAGUUGUGGGAAGUCGGCGUCGCGGGGUUCGGGGAUCAGAACCGAGGGGGGCCAGGGAGCCAUGUCGCGACUGAUCGUGAAGAACCUCCCUAAUGGGAUGAAGGAGGAGCGAUUCCGGCAGCUCUUUGCCGCCUUCGGCACGCUGACCGACUGCAGCCUCAAGUUCACCAAAGAUGGCAAGUUCCGCAAGUUCGGCUUUAUAGGCUUCAAGUCGGAGGAGGAGGCCCAGGCGGCGCUGAGCCAUUUCAACCGGAGUUUUAUUGACACGUCCCGGAUUACAGUGGAAUUCUGCAAGUCCUUUGGAGACCCAACAAAACCCCGAGCCUGGAGCAAACAUGCCCAGAAGCCAGGCCAGCCCAAGCAGCCGCCGCAAGGCUCUGUACCCUCAGACACUAAAAAAGACGACAAGAAGAAAAAGGUGCCCAGUGACCUGGCAAAGCUGAAGGAAGAUGCCGAGUUCCAGGAGUUCCUGUCGAUUCACCAGAAGAGGACCCAGGUGGCCACGUGGGCCAACGACGCUUUGGACACUGAGCUCCCAAGAGCAAAAACCAAGCCAACAAGUGACUAUCUGAACUUUGACUCCGACUCUGACUCAGGGCAGGAGAGUGAGGAGGAGCCGGCUGGAGAGGAGCCUGAAGAGGAACAAGGCGGCCUGCAGCCAAAGGCGGCCACACAGAAGGAGCUGUCCGACAUGGACUACCUGAAAUCCAAGAUGGUGCGGGCCGAGGAGUCCUCCGCGGACGAGGAUGAAGAGGACAGUGAAGACGAGGCGGUGAACUGCGAAGAAGGCAGUGAGGCUGAGGAAGAGGAGGUCCCCCCUGCCUCCCCAGCCCAGCAGGAGAGUGGGAGCCGGGGAGCCGAGCCUGGGAGCCGGAGACCUCAGGACGCUGCUGGCAAGGUAGAGAAGCCGGCCGGCAAGAAGGAACCCACCACACCCUACACCGUGAAGCUCCGGGGAGCCCCGUUCAAUGUCACUGAGAAAAACGUCACAGAGUUCCUGGCGCCCCUGAAGCCAGUGGCCAUUCGGAUAGUGAGAAAUGCUCACGGGAACAAAACAGGCUAUGUCUUCGUGGAUCUCAGCAGCGAGGACGACGUGAAGAAAGCUCUGAAGUGCAACCGGGAAUACAUGGGUGGACGUUAUAUCGAGGUCUUCAGGGAGAAGGCCCCCACGGCCCACGGUCCCCCAAAGAGCAGCUCCGCACCCUGGCAGGGCCGCACGCUCGGGGAACAUGAGGAGGAAGAGGACCUGGCCGACUCGGGGAGGCUCUUCGUGCGGAACCUGUCGUACACCAGCUCUGAGGAAGACUUGGAGAAGCUCUUCUCUGCCUAUGGUCCCCUGUCAGAACUCCACUAUCCAAUCGACAGCCUGACCAAGAAGCCCAAGGGCUUUGCCUUCGUCACCUUCAUGUUCCCUGAGCACGCAGUGAAGGCCUACGCUGAGGUAGACGGGCAGGUAUUCCAGGGCAGGAUGCUCCAUGUCCUACCUUCCACCAUCAAGAAGGAAGCCAGCCAGGAGGCAGAUGCCCCGGGAUCCUCUUACAAGAAGAAGAAGGAAGCCAUGGACAAAGCCAACAGCUCCAGCUCUCACAACUGGAACACACUGUUUAUGGGACCAAAUGCCGUAGCUGACGCCAUUGCUCAGAAGUACAAUGCCACCAAGAGUCAAGUGUUUGACCACGAGACCAAGGGCAGCGUGGCUGUGCGUGUGGCUCUGGGGGAGACCCAGCUGGUCCAGGAGGUCCGCAGCUUCCUUAUCGACAAUGGCGUCAGCCUGGACUCUUUCAGCCAGGCCGCAGCAGAGCGAAGUAAGACUGUGAUCCUGGCCAAGAACCUCCCGGUGGGUACGCUGGCAGCGGAGCUACAGGAGAUCUUUGGCCGCUUUGGCAGCUUGGGCCGCGUGCUGCUGCCUGAAGGUGGCAUCACGGCCAUCGUGGAGUUCCUGGAGCCCCUGGAGGCCCGCAAGGCCUUCAGACACCUGGCCUAUUCCAAGUUUCAUCAUGUCCCUCUCUACCUGGAAUGGGCUCCAGUUGGUGUCUUUGGUGCAGCCCCCCAGAAGAAAGAUUCCCAACCUGCACAGACUGCAGAGAAAGCCGAGGCAGAGCCAGAGACGGGACUCGACCCAGAAGGUGAAAAGGCCUCAGGGGAAGGAGCAGAGGCCCCCACAGGCAACCCGGAAGAGGAGGAGGAAGAGGAAGAUGAGGAGGAGGAGGAAAGUGUCCCAGGAUGCACUUUGUUUAUUAAGAACCUCAACUUCAGCACCACAGAGGAGACACUGAAGGAAGUGUUUUCCAAAGUGGGGGCUGUGAAGAGCUGCACCGUGUCCAAGAAGAAGAAUAAAGCAGGAGUGCUACUUUCGAUGGGGUUUGGGUUUGUGGAAUACAAGAAGCCAGAGCAGGCCCAGAAAGCCCUCAAGCAGCUCCAGGGUCACGUCGUGGACGGCCAUAAACUGGAAGUGCGGAUCUCCGAACGAGCCACUAAGCCGGCCUUGACAUCCACUCGUAAGAAACAGGUCUCCAAGAAGCAGACGACCUCAAAGAUUCUGGUGCGGAAUAUCCCCUUCCAGGCCAACCAGAGGGAGAUCCGGGAGCUUUUCAGCACCUUUGGGGAACUGAAGACCGUGCGCCUGCCGAAGAAGAUGACGGGGACAGGCGCACACAGGGGCUUCGGCUUUGUGGACUUCGUCACCAAGCAGGACGCAAAGAAAGCCUUCAAUGCGCUCUGCCACAGCACCCACUUGUACGGCCGCAGGCUGGUCCUGGAAUGGGCAGACUCGGAGGUGACGGUCCAGGCCCUGCGGAGGAAGACAGCCAGGCACUUCCAAGAGCCCCCGAAGAAAAAGCGGUCUGCGGUGUUGGAUGGGAUCCUGGAGCAGCUGGAAGAUGGGGACGACGAUGGUGACAGUGAGCAAGCUCUCCAGCUGUGAGCUAGCGCCGCCAGGGUGUGUGGCACCACCAGGGUGUGUGGCUCCGGGGCCCUGGGGCCAGGCAGGGCUCGGCAGUCGGUCUCUCUCGGGUCAGGGUCAAGGGAGACAAAAGCCUGUACCUGGGUACGAGAACAUCAGCUCUGCAAACUCCUCACCGGUGUCGUGUUCAGCGGCUGCUGCCCGGGCACCUGCACUGGGUAACCCACGUGAGGUGGCUCCUUAUGGGGACACCGACCUGGCAUCCUCCUCUGAGAUGGUGCUCUCCCCACACACACCCGGCUCCUUGUCCCCGAGGAGCAGAGGCUCUGGGAUGGAUGACGGUGUACACACAGCCGGCGUAGAGCCUGUGGAAGGAGCAAAGCUCCUGUCUGGGAGGGGACUGGCAGCUCAGCCCCGUUCACCAGCCGCCCAGGCCCCAACCAGCCAGGCUCCUGCAGCCGUCUCGCCCUCUGCAGGACUUGCUGGCCGAAGAUGGAGCUAGGGACUCCAGCUCAUCACCUAGGGCCCUUCCCAGACCUCCUGAAGCAUCACAUUCCUAGCCCGGAUGCCAGGUUCGCAGGCUGAACUGUGUGCCGUCACCACAGCAUCUCAAGGCGGAGGCCCUGGGAGCUCUGUCAAGGCCUCACCCCGAGCCAGAGGCAUCGCAAGCUCAUCGUUGGCCGGGUACCCUAGUACAGCCUCUCCAUGAAUGUCGAUGCGCCAACAGCCAGAGGAGGACAUGGCAUCAAUCGGGGGGCCGGAGCCACGGCCCUUUAACCCCUGUCCAGCCCCAGCACCACCACAUCCGAGCGUGCAGCUGAAGACCCACAUCAUUUUGAGUUCAGUGCAGGUGACUGGCAUGGUGGCCUCGGCCAGCCACACCGUGUUCAGCCAUCCAACCCAGGAAGACCUGAGAAGACUCUCAUCCCGCUUCUGAGCUGUCCUCACCACGGGCUGUGGGUGCUGGGCUGGACUCUGAGCCAGGGCGCCAGGCCUUCCGACUUUUGUGAGAAUCUCGGCCUGUGCGGUUUGGGGGGAAAUGAGAUCCUGCUUUUCAGAGUGGCCUGUGCCAAAGCUGGGACCUCACCCUGUGGGUGGGACGGGCACUUUGUUACAGUCCGAGGGCACUGAGAAUUCAGCAAUAAAAGUCAGAGCCUAGAGUGGCUCGGCCCCCUCUACCACACAUCUCAGAUGUCACCCUGCGCCAGCCUCCACCACUGGUGCUGCGCAGAGGGGUCACAUUGAUGCUUGCCACGCCAAGGCUGGACCAUCAGGAACCACGGCCCAUGUCGCUAUGGGUCAUUAAAAGACAGGCUGGGAAUUGUCCCUGCCCCACCAUUGAAGGUGUGCCCACAUGUGACAGAUAGCCUAGGGCAGAAAGCUGCAGUCUCUGUCACCACCAGCAUAAACUUCCCAAAACAGGGUCCACAGGGACCUGGGCACCUAUGCUUGGCCAGCCCGGCCUCUGUGACAGUGACCCUCUGAGUCCUGGAGCUCAGCAGGCAACUUUUGAGUCCUCCAGCCUCCUGAGUUCAGGUGCCCAGCACCCAUGCAGAAGCCAGACAAGGUGUCAUCCCUGAUUUUAUGGGCUAGAGACAGGCGGGUCGUUAGGGCUUGAUGGACAGCCAGCCUGGCCAAUCAGUGAACUCCAGGUUGAGUAAGAGACCCGAGUUCCAAAGGGGGGAAAAAAAUGGUGGACAGCAUUAAGGAAGACACAGUGAACACACACACACACACACACACACACACACACACACACACACACACACACACGAGCUUGUGGAAGGCCAGUGCCCCGCACAGCUGGAGAUCCCAGAAGAGGUGAGUGGAACAAGCCUGGGACCUCACUGAGCCUCACCAGAUAGGAGUCUGGGGGUCCAGCAAGGGCCUGGAGGAGAUGGUUUCUGGUCAGCAGCCAAGGGGCAGGAGACCAGACUCAUCCCCCACACUGUGGUUCUUCACGCAGAGUCAGGCUGUGGUGGCUGGGACAUGAAUACCCUCAUGUUGCUGUCUGUCCCUAGGCCUUAGAGUCCUUCCAAGAGCCCAGCUGGGAUUCCUGGGCCAGCGUGGAGUUCUGAGAUGGAGCAUGCCGCUGCCCUGAGCACAGGUUCCGACACCAGCACCCUGGCUCUGAAGGGCGCCAGCAUGUUGUUGCAUUCCAGUAGGGGACAGACAUCAAAACAGCCAUCCUAUAGCGGAUGGGGACAUGCCAGAAGCUGGAGAGAAGAGUCAACAGUACCUGACCCUCAUUCAUGCAUCAGUCAUCAAACCCAUCCUAGACCCGAGGACAAACCCAGGUGCCUCCGUGUCUCUCUUGAGACAUGGCAUUCCUUGCUGGGUGGACUCCAGAGGCUGUCCCAAGCCUUGAGGUGCACACACACAGGGUGCUAGAGAGAUGGUUCAGCAGUUAAAAGAGUGUGCGGCUCUUCCAGGGGACUCAAGUUCGAUUCCCAGCAGCCACCCGAAAUGAGCCACACUCAUAAGUGCCUACAGCUGCAGCUGCGGAGGAUCCGGUGCCCUCUUCCGGCUUCCGCGGGCCCUUGUACUCACGUGGCACAUAAAAAGAGACACAGAUACACAUUAAUAAAAAUAAGUAAUUUGCCGGGCGGUGGUGGUGCACGCCUUUAAUCCCAGCACUCGGGAGGCAGAGGCAGGCGGAUCUCUGUGAGUUCGAGGCCAGCCUGGGCUACCAAGCGAGUUCCAGGAAAGGCGCAAAGCUACACAGAGAAACCCUGUCUCGAAAAACCAAAAAAAAAAAAAAAAAAAAAAGUAAUUUAAGAGAUGCUCCCAUCAGGUGCCAGACAGCCCAUCCCCCACGUGUCCCCUCACCUCGGCCACCCCCCUGUCCUGAUGCAGGGGAUCCACGCUCCCCACAGUCCACAGGCCGCCGCUGCUGCUCAGGAUAGCCGGGGCAGGAUCAGCUGGGGCUGCGCACUCAGGCUUUGCCCAACAGAGCCGAGCUCGGGCUCAACAUCUAAUUCAAUUUGUUCUGCCGAGAUUGAAAUAUGAAAUGGUUGCCAGUCAAAAACGUUCAAAGGACGGGGAAGGGGGCGGGAGAGAGCGCCUGCUGGAAUUUAAAUUUUAAUGAAAAUGACUUUAACCCUUUGGUAAGGCCUGGAGGAAAUGGAGCCCGCGCUCGGGUCCUGGGAAUGAAGCCUCCAGGGUUCUGUCUGCCUGUUCCCUCUCUCUGUCUCACCAGGAGUAGCUAGGCAUCCCCCAUCACCACCGCCACCCCUGCAGAAACGCCUUUUAAAGCCUAUUGGGAUGCUUGCUUCCUGGUAAUAUAUUCACCCCUGCUGCCAGGGGUCCCAUUGACAUGAGCACCUUCAACUGCCCCCCCCCACGUUUCCCACCCCCUUCGGGACACAUCAGCCCCACCAGAGCUUAUGACACUGUGUUCCUCUUUAUUGUCCAGGCUAGUCCUGUACUCCUGGGCUGUUGUGACCCCACCCGCCCACCCACCCCAGCCUCCAAGUACAGGUCCCCGUGCCCACGCCUUGCUCCGGUCAAAGCAGGAGCCCUUGGGACUUAGUGUUUGAAGUGGAGAGGAGAGGUCCCCGGUUUCUCUCUCAGAACCUCCUAGAGGUGGGUGACAUCCCCCCAAGGUACCAAUGCUGCACAGAGGGUUGACGCCAGCUCCAUCACGGAUUGGAAUCAGGCAGGCUUCAGGGUCACCAUCCAGACAGAGCCCUAAGACCCAGACUCGAGGGAGCAGAGUAGGCUCCAUCUAGUAGUAACUAACCUGCAGUGACUGCAGAAGGGAGCCCAGGAGGAGGUGGCAGAGGCUGGACCAAUGAGAGCUGGGGGACCAACACGCUCUGCAGCCAUGUGACUCUGGAAGGUCACGGCUCUGCCAAUGAUCCGGGAAGGAAGUGGGAGAGAGUGGUUAGUGGGCAGGCCUCCAGGGACCCAUGGGCUGGGUUUUCAGUAGCUGGAGGUAGAGGUGACCAUGGACACCAUGAAGAAGCAGAGAGGCCUCAGAACGUGUCAGCGAACAGGAGGUACAGCCCAAGGUCCUGUCCUGUGGUGGCUCACAAGUAUCAGAUGCCUUUUGUCCUGGGGUUCUUUGUGGGGUGGUGGUAUUUAGUUGAUUGUCAUUCUGUUUACGGUGGUACGUUUGGGGGUGCUAGAUAUCAAACCUGAGACCUCAUACUUGCUUGGCAGGUGCUUUACCACUGAGCCACACCCCAACCCCUCAAGUUCGCAUCAAAGCCACAUCAAGUAUUGUGGCUCUCUUGGCCAACCAACUCCCCCUUCAAAUAAAAGUCUUUUGUUUUGUUUUUUUUGA